AUGCCAAGGAAACCUCAGUACACCGUUAGUACUGCAUCCGAAACUGCAGCUGUCCCUAAUAGUCAAACUCACGCUACUCCGCACACGGAUAGAACGCGAGAUACGGGAGCAAAUACUUCAAGUGCACAGCGACGUGCUAGAGCGCCUCUACCUCCGCAUUCUGAUGAAGUUUUAGAUGACUAUUCAGAAAAUGAAGACUAUGACCCGGAGGCGGAUGAGGUCGAGUCGUUCGAUGACCAUGUUGACGAUUUAUUUGCCGCACAUGAAGUUGAACGUCAAGAAAAUGAUGUGACUUCUUGUAUGGAGCUGACUAUUAAGGAGGCAUUAGCACUUCUUCUUGGAAAGAAGAUUGUACUAAACCAUAACGGAGAGUUGCAACAAGUUGGUCAGGCAGCGGGCCUAUUGAGCAGGUUCUUGGGGACAUUGGGGUCUGAUUUUCAACAGUUACCAAUUUGUGAAAAAAGUUGGAAGGCAAUGAGCAAGACUUCCAAGGAGCAUGCGUUUGACCAGGUUAAGCGAGUCUUCCACUAUGAGGACAAUGGAAGAGGGAGGAUAAAGCAAGGAAUUGUACAAAGAAUAGGAAGAUCCUGGAAGAAUGCAAGAAAUCAUUUGUUCCAUAAGGUUUAUGACGAAGAACUAACUUUUGAGCAAAAUAUCAAGCGUAAGCCACCAGGAAUAGAGGCAAAUCACUGGAAAAAGUUUAUUCAAUAUCGGUUGGACGAGGACACACAGGAGAAGUGUAGAAAAAUGCCAUUAAUCAUUCAAAGCAACUGUACACACAUACCGAAGGGAAGGCCUAUUGGUAGAGGAGAGGGAUGGACCAUGAGUCAUAAAAAAAGAAUGAAAGCAAUUGAACAUAUUGAGAGCCAAGACCCCUCCAGCAAGGAAUUUUCACAGAAUGAUUCCCUUGCACAAGUGUUUGGAAAGGAGCACCUAGGAAGAGUUUGUGGACUCGGUUUUGGUCCAUGUCUCAGUCAGUGUUUUCGUAACAUUCUACAACAGUCUGACUACGGUGUACAGAUUAAGGAGUAUCAGAUGAAGAUUGUAAAACUUAAGGCAGAGGCAGCAGAACUCAAGGUAGUAGCAGCAGAGUAA